AUGAGGGAAGACUCUGCUGAAUGGAAAAUGGGAUUUGGAUUAAAUGCUAAACUAAACAACACAAUCAUGUCGAAAAAUCCUUUUCUGCUUCCACCAGAAUUUUAUAAAAACCUGUUUGCUGCAAGUGCAAUACUGCAAAAACCAAAUCAAAGUCAAAAUGAUUGUAACAAACUUUUUAAUGCUCAGAACUUUCCCAAAAACUUACUUUUUUCUUGUGGAGACAAUAAAGAGCAAAAAGCGUUAUCGGAAUAUUCAGCAAAUAAUCGUGUUGUGGGUUCGAAAAGUCGAACGGAAAAGGAUAAAAUUAAAAAAAUUAAUUCUGAAGUGAAGUCUUCUUCUGAAUCGAGCACUAUUAAUCAUCACGAUAAUUAUUACGCUUUGUCACCGAUAAGUUCAUCAAACCUGGAUACGAUGCCUGUACCCGGUGGUGUGCAAGGCCAAAAUCCAACUCAAGGACUUGUUCACUGGAUGAGUGCAGUCAUGGCCGAGCACAUUCAAACUUCUAACACACAUCACGACCCAGCGGUCGGCAUGCAUUAUAUGUGGAACGGCUCGGUUGAUCAAUGUGGUCAACAUGCGAAAGACAUUGUAGACGGAUACAACAGUUGGCCCACUCCAAGAAACCACAUGUCGAUGAAACAAACGGGCUAUGAGGCAAAAAUGAAUGCUGUGGAUCAUCACAACAAUAUUCCAAAAGGUAAGUCAAUAAUUUAUGUUGAUGGAAAUCUUUUUUCAGCUGAAUUUAAGAAUCUCAUGUAGUGAUAAACAUUAGUGAACAUUGUGUAGAAGUUUAAAUCGCAUUC